AUGGAUGUGUACUUUGGUAUGAAGAAGGAUUACUACAAAAAGAAUUUUGCAUUUGUCAAGUUGGUUUGGAUCAAAGAUGCCAAGAACAUGGAGAACAAGUUACAUGGUAUCAAAUGCAGAGAUAAAGUACUGGAAGUUAAUAUCGUGAAGCACCUACGCAAAUCCAAUCAAUUCCAAACCCACGAAACUCGUCAGAAAACCACUGAGCGAUUGCUUACACACCCAUGCACCUCUCGUGGUGUCUCCUCACAAACCCCGAUGGCGAAAGAUAGUCGGGCUUUCACUCAAGUAACCACUGGUUGGAGUGGUAGGAUGCCAAAGAGAACUACAUUGUUGGUAGUACUCAACACCAACACACACACAUGA